AAAAGAAAGUGAGAGGAGAUAGAGAGGAGGUGGAGAGAGAAAAAAAGAGCACAACACUAAACAAGAACACAACACCACCACAAAGCCAAUAAGCCAUUUUUUUUUUUUUUCCCCAAGUCCGUGUAAUAAAAAAAAAAAAAAAAGAAGAUCACUCUUUGUUCCUUCUUUUAUAUAUAUAUCUCUAUUUGGGUUGAUACUACAGUCCCUUCUUUGGUGCAAAGAUCCCAUAAAUCAAAAAGCUUCGAGAGAGAGAGCAGAGAUAUAGAGAGAGCAGAGAAGAAAAAGGAAGAAUCUUUUUGGCUAUAUCUCUUUCGAUGAGGAUCCGGAAACGACAAGUGCCUCUUCCUCUUUCGUCUCUCUUACCAGUUCCUCUCUCAGAUCUCUACUUUAACCGCUCACCGACGGCCACCGCCAGGUACUUUUGCGGUGGUUACAGAGACGGAGACGGAGCUUUUGCUUCUUUUCAGCUUCAGCCUCCGUCGCCUGUUUCUGAUCGGCUAAUUCAAAGAGAUUUGUUGAUGAAGAAGGAGCAAGUGAAAGCUCUGGAUGAUGAUGUAGACGUGAAGAGUCGUACUGAUGCGUCGAGCAGCAAGAACGUUCGUUCCCGAGGAGAACCCGACCCUUCAACUCAAGUUAUCGAGAAGAAUGACAAGGUUGUUACUUUGAGGAAGAGAAGAGGCUUUAUAAACUUUGAGGAUUACGAAGAUGAAGAUGAAGAAGAAGCUAGUGGCGGUAGUAAAGGGAAGAAGAAAACGAAAAAGAAUGGUGGUGGUGGUUUAGAGGAAGGAUCACGGUGCAGCCGCGUUAAUGGUAGAGGAUGGAGAUGUUGUCAGCAAACGCUUGUUGGGUAUUCUCUUUGUGAGCAUCAUCUCGGUAAAGGAAGGGUAAGGAGCACGAACAAGAGCGGUGGUGGUCGUGGCGGAGAGAAAAAAGCGGCGGCAGUGGAAGUGAAGAAGAAGAGAGUGAAGCUUGGGAUGGUAAAGGCACGUUCAAUAAGUAGUUUGCUCGGACAGACCAGCACUAGUGGUGGUAAUGCUGCAGAUGUCGAGAGUGAGAUAAGCGCACCUGCUGAUCAGUUUGCUGCUUAUGAUAAGUAAGUCUGUUGAUCAGCAUUUGCAUGUAUAUGGGAUCUGUAUAUGUUGUUUAUGUACAUGAUGAAAAUGGACAUAGCUCUUAUGUAAUUGGGUGUGAGAGAACAUGUGCGUGUAGAUUGAUCGAGGACUUAACUGGCGUUUGCUCUUUGCAUCUUAUAUAUUGGUGGAUGUUUCCUAAUUCCUAA